AUGGCUGACUCAGACGCCAGCGCGGACACAGAUGCGUCCAUUGGGCGCAAGAGGACUGCUGCGCGUCCUCCGUUGGCGGGCUCUACAGGCUCGGAAACGGAGACGGAUGAGCGAGUCCGCGCCAAAGAAAACAAGGCGCGUAGAGGGAGGCCUAUUGGGUCGGGGAGGGGCACGGGGAGGGGCACGGGUAUUGCUCGCGCACGCGCAGAUCUGCGCAAAAUGGAGGCUGAGGCCAGGGAGGCCGAGUUUGAGCGCGCGCUUGAGGCGCGCGCUUUUAGAAAGAAGAAGGGAGAUAGGGAGGACAAGUUGGAUAAGGCGGACAAGGCAGUGUUCGAAUUUGGCUCGGAGCUGUCAAACUCUGAAACCCAGGAGGAGGGGAUCUCUGCAAGAGACGUGCAGGGCCUGAGAGCGGAGGCAGGACGCAGCGUGACGGAAAUCCUACACGUUGCCAGGACCUCUGGCAACUUGAAGGGAGAGUACGUCCGCCGUCUCAAAUUGGCUGCAGAGGCUCUGACGGGGAUUGUGGACGCUUUGGCGUCUCGCUCCUCGAGCGAAGAGACAAGGAAGGUGGCUGCUGACAAUGAGCGGCUGCGCAAGGAGGUGGAGAACCUCAAGGCGGAGGAUCUAGGUUUUCCGUCGUGGGCAACAUGCGUCGAAGAUUUCAUAACAAAACAUCGGGAGGCGUUGGAAAGUACCCACGUUUCAGAAAACCUCCAUCAUUGGAUCGAUAUCACCUUUGGUUACAAACUCUCAGGUACGGCAGCAGUAAAAGCAAAGAAUGUGUGUCUGUCCCUAGUGGACGGACAUACGCGUACAAGGCGGGGUUCGACGGUACAGUUGCUGACGGCGCCUCACCCACCACGCCGCAUGAGGGCGCCGCCGCCCGCCCCGCCUAGGUUGCGAUGGACGGUCCCGAGAGAUUCUAAAAAAUCCGUCCGAGACAGUUCUGAUGAGGUAUCAGACGAUGAAGAAGAGUCCAGUAGUCUUCCACAGCAUGUAUCGCGUUUGAGCGUUCCGUCCCAAAGAACCCGUCGACAAAAAAGCAGUUCUAGAGCACGUUCUUUAUGUAAGAGUCAAGAUGAUGAUGUAUCUAUUAGUGAAAGUAGGGCAUCCUCCCAUUCGAGACACUAUAGGGUCCAAAAAUCUGAACUUGGCAAGGGGAUUAUAUAUUUGCCCAAAGAAUUUAACCCUGCUGCAUCUAUACUGGCUCUCGAGACCUUAGAUAACUUCCGAACUAAAUGCUUUUUUAGUAAAGCUGAGGAAAAGGGAAAGCAAAAGGAAAAUGUAACUUUGAAUUUAUGCGCAGUACAUCAGGAUACAAAAGAGAAUGGAAAUGCAACGUCUAAAGAUGUUACCGAAGAAACCGCUUUUACCAAUCACAUGUUUUUAGCGUCUUAUGAUCAGGGUUAUCUCAAAAAGUUCAAUCAAGAUAAUUUGGAAAACGUUUUAAAAGAAAGAAAAAACAGAAUGUUUAACACUCGCUAUACGACAGACGCGGCUGUGUACAAACAAUUUGUUACCGAAAGUAGAAGACAAGAUAUGCUUGUUAUAGGGUGCCUUAUUGUUGAAAUAUUCCUACACACUCAUAUGCGUCCUUUGAGAUUAACUAACGAUAAUUUUGUAGAAAGAUAUAAGUGUUGUCGCACAAUAUUAAAAUACAAUUUUAAUUCGAUGCCUAAGUGUGUGAGUUAUAUCGCAUCUUUGCUUUUGAGCGUUGAACCUCCUAGUUUGAGCGGUAAAAGUGACCUGGUGUCAAAAGAGGACACUACGAAAAAAAUGGUCGUGACAGAUAAAGGUUUACCGCCGCCCACGCCGUCCCAAUUAUUACAACCAUUGAUAAUGCAGCAUUUGAUACCAUUUCCACAGACAUUCGGUAUUCUCCAUAACUUAUUGAGUACUUUACAUGACUACGAAUUGACUAACAACGAACUUCACAUUCUAUACACAUACGAAUGCGAUGGCACCCAGUGUGAGAAAUAUCAAAAUAUAGACAAAACUAAAUUGUAUUUUACACAGAAAAUUGCUGAAGGAAAAAUACAAGCUUGUAUCACUCAUUUAGGUAUACUUUUAAAUCAAGUAACCACCGAAAACCAAUUCAAUGUUCUUGAUAUAUUUCUUCAGCAUUACACACAGUUAUUAGAAAACAAAGAGACGUCCGUGCUCGCUGCGUGGCAUUUAUUCAAUGUAAUAAGCAAGGCGUUAGGGCCUGCAGAAACUAUAAAUAAACUUUUAAGAUAUAUUUUGAAUUUAUACGAAGAUGACGAUUACCUUUACGACAAAUCUGAUCAGCAUAAGCUCACAGACGUCGACGCUGUCAAGAGCGCUGGUCUUGCGAGCAAACAAAAAUAUGUAAAGCUUUAUCACCAUAUAUUUCUAUUGCAAUUGAUGGUCAGACUCGGUCUUCAAUGCUUCUUGGAUAACUUUACCCAACAUUUAGUAGAGGCAGUUGGAGGCUAUAAAGAUGUUACUCCAGAAACUGGCUCUCCCGGUCAUCUCUGCCAUAGUCGUGCAAUUUAUAAUAAGAAACCACGAUAUUCUGAUGAUAAUCUUAAAAACGCUCUAACGACUACUUCUGAUAUAUUUUCGCCUGAUACGUCCUACGGUUCUGAACACGUUAGUACUCCAAUUAUAGAAAAAAGUAUAGCUGAAGUUAAUGAAGUUUUGAAAGAGAAAGACCAAGAUAGUAGAAGUGAAAAUGAGUUAUUCCAUUUCGAAAAUGACAAAGAAAGAAAUCCUAGUCGCUGUAGUAGAAGUAAAUCUCCUACGGGCUCUUUAGAUUCAAAUAAUAAAGAUUCUAAUCUCUUACAAACACCUUCUCCAGCAGCAGAAUAUAUUUCACCUGGCAAUUCAAGGUUUUUCACAAAUUUUUCAGCAACAAAUUGGAAAGACACCAGUGAGACAGUUGUAAAAGAUGAAAGCCAAGAUACAUUCCAAGAUUCCAAUAAGCUGCCCAUGUCACCUACCAUCGAUAUACCCAAACCAAUGUUUACGAGUUACUUGCACUUUGCUGAUGAGGAAUCCAAAUCUGAAGGUGUGCCAUCCAGAAAUGAGCCUAAUUUAUGUGAAAUUAAAAGUUUAGAAUUACAAACUAACGUGGAAAAUAAAACAGUUACAACAUCACAAAUACAUAUUGAAGAAAACGACCAAAAUCAUAAUGAUGAAUAUAAAAUAUCGGAUAUGAGUUCAGAAAGUCUUAUUUGGCUAGGACAUAGAUUGGGUCCGGUGCUCACGUGUAGGUAUAUAACGAGAAAUUUGCUUAAAAUGCUCACACUAUGCUAUAUCGGUAAAGAAAAUUUAGCUUCUUGGGAGACUAAUGACAAGGAUGAAUUUGAUGAAAUAUCAAUAGUUAACAGCAAAGUUGUUGGAGACAGGAACGCAAUGAAAGUCAUCAAAUGUCUUACUUCUAUUGUCGCCAUGUAUGGAGAACAGCUAAUAAUAUUUCAAUAUCUGCCACACAUGGGUGAACUGAUUGCGUCUUGUAGGCGUCGCCUGUCGACCCCAUUGGAAGGUGGAGUUGUCGCCUGCUUGCAGCUAAUUAAAUAUCUCUUGCCGUUCAUGUCCGAUGUUAAAGUUAUGGAACAACUGCAGGAUACCCUACUGAAGUCCAUCCUGCAGCCGUCUCUGCGGCUGGCGUCGACGGCGCGCUGUGCGUACCCCAGCGGCGCGGUGGCGCGGCGCGCGCUGGCCCGCAAGUUGGCGGACGCGCUGCACGCGCUCGCGCUGCGCGUGGGGCCCGAGAUGAGCCGCCGGCAUCUCUGCGUGCCGGCUUUGCAGAGGUUCUUUUUGGCUUUCGACAAAGCAACGGGCAAAACUGAAAAUUGGCCCAAGCAUGAUGAGAACAAUUAUGAUAAGUCAUCAGAACCGGAGUCAACAGAUUCAAAGCUGGAAGGAUACCUGGAGAUAUGCAGGGACGGCAGCACGGCGGAGUGGGCCAUCCGCGACGGGCGCGUGGUGCGCGCCGACCUGCCCGAGCUGGCCUGCACGCCGCCGCCCGCCGACCGCCACGACGUCGCCACGCUUUCUGCGCAAGAAGAACUUCUAGUUGUGUUUGAUGAGGAACUCGCAUAUUACUCCUACACAAAAUUUGCCAGAGUCAUCGGCACGGAGGCGCUAGAGCGGUGUCUGAAAAACAGCGAUACUAUACGCAGUCUUUGCUCUAAAUACCGACAGACACAUUUAUUAGGCUCAACACUUCACACACAUCAAGACAAGAAGUUCCAGUCAUCGUUCAGCGACGAGCCAAUAAGCAAGAAGAGCAUCGACAUCCCUCGAGGGGACGCAGACCAGCUGUCCAGCUCCAGCUUCAGCAACAGUUUCGGCUCCAACGUGACGCUGGUGGGCAACAGGAUCGACGUGGCCAGCGACCAGCGCGACGGCUUCGGCGUCGUCGCCUACAACGACGCGGCCGUCAAGAGCGAAAGCAGACAUCUUCGUGGUGACUGGCUAAUCUACUGGGAGCACGAGAUCGGUCGCGCGGACAAGGACACGCGGUUCAACCUGAAGCAGAUCAAGCUGCAGACGUUCGCGGGACACUCGCACUCCGUCAAGUCCAUACACUGCCUCGACAACGAGAACAGCUUCAUGAGUGGCUCCAAGGACAAGACUGUCAAGCUCUGGUCUUUGAGGAAUCAGGGUGACGGUAACGCAACAACCCAAUGCAAUUGGACGUACACGGGGCACAAGAAGGGCGUGGUCUCGCUUACCUUCUUAGAGUCCCUGCGUCUCGCCGUCUCUACGGAUUCCGUUGUUCACAUCUGGGAUCCCUUCAUGGAGAGUGUUGUUUCUCAGUUAGAGAGCAGCCGGUCGCAGGCGGCGGUGAGCAUCGUGCGCACGCUGCCGGGCCCCGCCUGCGCCGUGCUCGCCGCCACCACCGACGCCACGCUGCGCGUGCUCGACGCGAGGGACACGCGCGAGAAUAGAUUCUAUGAGUUGAAGGUGGCGAGCGGCGGCACGUCGUUCAUCCGCUGCAUGUGCGUGUCGCCGGGCGGGCGCUGGGCGUGCGCGGGGCUGGCCAGCGGCGCGCUCGCGCUGCUCGACCUGCGCACCGGCACGCCGCGCGCCACCUGGCGCGCGCACGACGGGGAGGUCCUCCGCGUGGCCGCAGUGGACGACCACCGCGUGCUGAGUUCGGGCCUGGACCAGGUGACUGCGCUGUGGAGGGCAGAUGAUGGCGAACUGAUAGCGCAUCUUAAGGGCAGCACAGAGCCAGUACACUGUCUGUCCGUGUACUACAACGAACUCAUAUCCGGUACCACCAACAACCGCAUCGGUGUACACACUUCUUUGGACCAAGACGCGUCAUUCUCUAGUACAAAAUUAAGAUCUGACACGUUCAAAGGCGUGCUCACUUGUAUGUCUGUUCUACCACUAAAUAGGCUACUUUUAUUGGGCAGCGAUAAUGGCAAUAUUAGUUUACUUUGC